AUGCAUCCACGCUGGCUCGCCCAUCUCCUUGCUGUCUUUCGACCUUUUAGGGCGAUACUAUGGUGGCUGCUGACGGCAUUGGUAUUCCUCUUCAAAGUACCCCGUAUUUAUUCAAGUCGCUGGGUCCAAAAAGCGGUAUCUUUAAGCCCAGAGCAUCCUCAAGACGAUUCCAAGCACAAUGAGUCAUCGAUCAACGGCUCUCAUACACCUGGUAGAGCAAGCGUGGACGGGGUAGCAUCUGUUUCAGACGAGCAGCAGUCAGUGGACAUCCCAAUAGCUGGAGGGACAACAGAAGGACUACUAGCCUUAGUGAACAGGCUAGCCAAAGGACCUUCCAUACACACAAAUUCAGACGAGUCGAGUCCUUCGGACCAACAGCUGCCGAGUGAUGUUCCGUCUGGCGUGCUCAGUCCGAGUGAAACACCCAGUGGACAGGACACCACCACCACAACCCCUCUGUCACCGAAUGGACAGCCACAGUGGGGAGAUAUCACUGAUGAGUAUGAGCUCGCACGGCCCGAAUUCACCAGGAACGGCUACCUAAUAACUAGAAGCCAAGAGAAGAAAGGUGUGAGAAUCUCCAUGGAUACCCAGAGCGAGGUCAGUAUCAUGCGAAGUGUCGUCUUUGACAAACUCGGCCUACCGCUGGAGCCUUGCGAGCAGUCACUGGUGUCAUUCAGAAUAGCCGGGGACACAACCCUCAUUCCAACGAUCGGAAAAGUCCCUGUGGACUGGCGCUUUGCCCAGGGUGUCAGAACUUACCAAACGGACUUCUAUGUGGUCGAAAACGAUCAAUUUGACGUGUUGAUCGGCUCGCCCACGAUCUCGCAAUACAAGCUGCUGCAACCCAGCUCCGACAUCCCCAAGGUUAUGUCUGUUAUAAUCUGCUGUGAUGGACCUCAUGAAACCGAGCAGACUCUACUGGCAUCUUUUGCGGGGAACUCGGAGGUGAACAUCCUCACUCCUUUGGGCCAUCAAUGCCUCAUGUUGCCCCUCCGUGAGGGCUCUGAGACGAGAAUCAAACUCACGGACGGAAGAUCGAUAACGGUCCGCCAAUUCAUAAAAUUGCGUAUCUGGCUUCAUGCCUCCAAGAUAAGCGAGGAGGAGGACUUCUAUCUUCUGGAGGAUAUAAACGAUGUGAUUCCAAAUACUUCGGGUGUGCACGCCAUUUUGGGGCAGCGUAGCUCCAUAUAUGCAAGGAUGUUUUCUGAUCAGAAUCCGUCCCUGUGCCCUAUUGGUAUAUCGCGAAAAUCCAAGGAGGAUCGGGAUAAACAAGAAAAACGACACGCAGAGGCCAAGAGAGAGGCUUCAGAGGCAGAGCGCAAGAGAUGUGAAACUGAGGUCGCAAAAGGUCGGGCUGCCAGGGAAAGCAGGGGAAACCACGAUCCAGGGGCUCGGCGGUAAGGUCAGCAAGGCUGAGAUUACAUGUGUUUCUCGUGAUACAUUCCACUGGUUUUCUACCAUCUUGCAAAUGAGAUUAAAUGCAUAACAGCAC